AUGGCCACGGGCGGGACAACCAGCCCCCCCAGCAUCCCUCGUCACACCAACCGCCUGAUUAACGAGAAGUCCCCCUACCUCCUGCAGCAUGCUCACAACCCCGUGGAUUGGUACCCUUGGGGUCAGGAAGCCUUUGAUAAAGCAAAGAAAGAAAACAAGCUGAUAUUCCUGUCAGUUGGCUACUCCACCUGCCACUGGUGCCAUGUGAUGGAGCAGGAGUCCUUCAAGAACAAGGAGAUCGGGGAGAUUAUGAACAAGAACUUUGUGUGCAUCAAAGUGGACCGUGAGGAGCGGCCAGAUGUGGACAAAGUGUACAUGACCUUUGUGCAGGCAACCAGCGGUGGAGGUGGCUGGCCGAUGAGCGUCUGGCUGACUCCAGACCUCAAGCCCUUUGUAGGGGGGACAUACUUCCCUCCUGAAGAUGGAGUUCAUCGCGUUGGCUUUCGGACAGUGCUGCUCCGAAUUGCAGAGCAGUGGAAGGAGAACAAAGAUGCCCUGUUGGAGAACAGCCACAAGAUCCUGGAAGCAUUGCUACACAUGUCCGAGAUCCGUGUGCGGGGCCAGGAGUCACCCCCACCGUCCAAAGAGGUGAUGGCCACGUGUUUCCAGCAGCUCUCCACCUCCUAUGAUGAGGACUACGGUGGCUUUUCCAAAUCUCCCAAGUUCCCCACCCCAGUGAAUUUGAAUUUCCUCUUCACGUACUGGGCCCUGCACCGAACAACUCCAGAAGGUGCCCGGGCACUGCAGAUGGCUCUGCAUACCCUCAAGAUGAUGGCCCAUGGGGGCAUCCAUGACCACAUCGGUCAGGGGUUUCACCGCUACUCCACUGACCAGCACUGGCACGUCCCUCACUUUGAGAAGAUGCUGUACGACCAGGGGCAGCUGGCGGCUGCGUAUAGCAGAGCGUUUCAGAUCUCUGGCGAUGAAUUCUUUGCUGGUGUCACCCAAGACAUUCUGCUCUACGUCUCGCGGGACCUGAGCGACCAGGCAGGAGGUUUCUACAGCGCAGAAGAUGCGGAUUCCUACCCAACCACUGCAUCCGGAGAGAAGCGAGAAGGAGCUUUCUGUGUGUGGGCGGCCGAGGAAAUCCGGGCUCUCCUUCCUGACCCUGUUGAGGGGGCCACAGAGGGGACGACCCUGGGAGAUGUCUUCAUGCACCACUAUGGAGUGAAGGAGACUGGCAACGUGAGCCCCAUGAAGGACCCCCAUCAGGAGCUGAAGGGCAAGAACGUUCUUAUUGUCCA